AUGCCGUGCGUUUCAUCCAGACCCACCUGGCUUGCUCUUCCGUACGGAGCCCUAAUAGUAGCCAUGGGUCAGCAGCAAUCUGCAUCCCGCCGUCAUCCACUGACAUCGCGCCAGUUGGCGGAAUCAGGAAACAAUGUGUCCAAGGCGGUGCGGCAGCACGUGCUGCAGGGCGCAGCGAUUGCCGGCAACCAGCCAGACCCGUUGAAUGAAAGCCCGAGGUCGGCCGCAGCUGUUGCAGCGGAUGAUCCUUUUUCCGCAAGCGGCGGGUUGAUCGGAGGAGAGAGGUCGGCGGGGGAUGACAGCGCGCGUGGAAUGUCGGAGGUGUGCGGAAUGUCGGUGCUGGAGGCGGUGGAGGGGCUGUCGGAGGCGGAGUUGAUCGAGUUCCGCGACUGGAUGACCUCCGCGUGGCGAUGCGCCAAGUGCGGCAACGAGCGGGAGGACUGGACGAGGCGGCAUCGCCUGAGAGCCAUCUUCGACGCCGUGGGCAUGCACCAACCGUCCUCUGCGCCUCUCGCGACAGAACAGCCUGCCUCCUCCUUGACUUUCCCCGCUCCGCCUGCUCCGCGCAGCCCUCUGCUUUCCCCCACUCCCUCCGCGACGCCGCCAGUUCCCCCCCGGCGUCCGCCAAUGGGCAGUAACCGUCUAUCUCCCGCCAAUCCAUCGGCCCUCCCGCCCCUGUCCCCCACGUUCGGGUCGAGCUUAGAAGCUCAUCCGCGCUCGUUCGGCAGCGCGGAGGCCCACGGAAAGGCGCACUUCUCCCCGCACUCCGCGGCCGCACUCUCGCGCGCGCGCGACGAGGACGCGCAAGGCGCUACAGAGCAGGGGGGAGCUGGUAGCGGGCUGGCGGAAUGUACAGAGAAGGAGGCGGACGGGGGAACGGGAAUGGCAGCGGGGGAGGCAGCGGAGGCGCGGACGGGAUACAAGCUGUGGGGGCGCAAGGGCGGCAGCAGCCGCAACACAGACGCGCUCGCGCUCGCGUCACUCUCCGCCGCUGCAGCCGCCAGUGUGGGGAGUGGUGGCGGCGCUUCUGCUGCUGGUGGCGGGUUGGGUGGGACGGGCGGGGGCGGCAUGCGCCCGCCGCCGUUGCGGCGCACUGUCACCGCCACCGCCGCCAUGACCUCCUCCUUGCUCUCCGCCGCCGCCGCUGCCUUCGCGUCCCCCGCGCACGACCUCCGCCCCGCGCAGUCCUCGUCGGGAUCCAUUCCGCUCAACCCCAUCGUGCGCACGCGUGCAGCCAGUAACGACUCUGCUGCCACGUCAGCAGAGAGCGCAGGAGCUGUCCCGCCUUCCCGCUCGCCCGUUCUCUCCGCGGACAAGCCCGCCUCGGGGCCGCUCAAGGCGUCGAUGUCCAGUUCCGCAGGCGACGCGGGGGAUGUGCGCCCGCCCUUAGGCGCACAGCGGUUCGCGCUGGGCUUUUCCAUCCCGCGCACCCACUCCGCUUCCCGCGCGCCCGCGUCGGGCGUUCCGUCAUCCACCCCGCCACCUCCAUUACCCGCGUCAUCACCGCUGUCAGCCACGUCAGCAACUGGGGCCACGAGCCUCCAUAGGGGAUUGUCGGGGAGGUUGAAGGGCGCGCUAGGCGGGCUCGGGGGCCUGAGGCGCGCGCGGUCGGAUGCGGCGCAGCUGGCGGAAAUGAUGGCAGUGAGCGGGGACCUAGUCGGGGGGAACAGGGACGGGGGAGCGGAUGGCGGUGCCGCCGUCGGGGGGCUGGGGGAGAUUGAGCUGUUGGCGGCGACGGCAGAGGAGGGGGAGGGCGCGGAAGGCGGAAAGGGUGGCGCAGAGGGCGACAAGGGGGGGAGUGGGCUGGGCGGGCGGAGACGGCGAGGGCGGAAGAAGAGCUUGGGGCAGGUGGGGCGGAGCGUGAGUGUGCAUGCGGGGGAGCAGAGCCCGUUCGGGGCGGGGAACGGCGAGUACGGGGCCGAGGGGGGGCGCAGUGCGCACAGCAGCGGCAGCAGCCAGCAGAGCCAGGCGCUUGGGGGGGUGAGUGGAGGGACAGGACUUUCAGGCUGCCCGAUGGGGCUGGGCGCGGCAGCAGCGUCGGCAGCCGCAGCAGCCGCUGCAGCAGCAGCGCGGGAGGGCGGCAGCGGGCGGCGCCCCAUGCCGCGGUCGCGCAGCUACGAGACGGUGGCGCACGUGGAGAGCGACGGCGCGCGGGCGGGCGGAGGCGCUUGGGCGGGCCAGGGGGGCGAGCGGGGGGAAGGAAAUAAGGGGAGUCCGGGGAGGAGCAGUGGAGGGAGUGCGGGCGGGGAGGCGGGCAGGGGGGAAGCGGAGAGGGGCGAGGCGGGGAGGGAGGAGGGUGGGAAGGGGGAGGUGUCAAUGGAUCGCAAGAUGCUGCGCGCCAUCACGACGGCACAGAUGCUGCUGCAGUCCGACCAGGUGCCGCAUUGCACCACUCGUCAUGGCACUCGUCAUGGCACUCGUCAUGGCAGUGCCCAUGCCUCGGCGGGGGCGGGGAGGGUGAUGGAGCAUGUGCUGGGCGCGCUGCUGGACAUGACGGGGUCGCAGUUCGGCCUCAUCGGCUCCGUGCUCUUCCAGGCCAACGGCUCGCCCUACCUCAAGUCGCACGCGGCGUCCAACAUAGCAUGGACGGAGGAGCUGCAGGUGUGGUACCGGGACAACUCGCACAGGGGCCUGGUGUUCACCAACACGUCCAACCUGCUGGGCGCCGUGCUGCUCUCCUCCGCGCCCGUCAUCUCCAACCGCCCCGCCCUCGACCCCCGCUCCGGCGGCGUGCCCCCGGGCCACCCUCCGCUCUCCGCGUUCAUGGGCGUGCCGCUCAUUGUUGGGUCGGAGAUGAUAGGCAUGUACGCGCUGGCGAACAGGGCGGGUGGGUACAGCACGGCCAUGCUGCAGGAGCUGGAGCCGCUCACCGCCAGUGCGGCCGUGAUGCUGCAAGCGGUGCACGAGAGGAAGCGCAAGCGUGACGCUGAGCUGCGCCUGCUCUCCGUCCUCCAGGUCACUCUCUCCCCCCCCAUCCCCCCCCCCUCUUCCCCGCUCGCUUUCAUCUUCCCUUCCCCCGGUGCUCGUGGCGUUCUCUCCAUCCCUGCACUGGGGGCACGUGCCGUGCCACUUCCUCCCAUGCGUUGUCCUCUCGCUCGGCUCGCUCCUCUCCAUGCCACACCCCUUCCUCUUCCCUCCGCCUCCAUUACCUUCCACCUGCUCAAAACCCCCAUCCGCUUCCCCCUUAACCCCUAUUCUUCCCGAUCCCUGCCUUUUCCCUUCCCACCGCAUGUGCCAGGUGGCGCGGGACGGGCUGAUGACGGUGGGGGGGGACGGGCGGGUGACGUGGAUGAACGGGGCGGUGUGUGGGCUGUUUGGCAUGGAGGAGCACCACGGCCACGCGGACGCCAUGGGCGCACUGCACGUGAAGGCCUUCAUCCACUCCAUUGA